AUGUCGUACUCGUGGAUUGGGCCUCCGGCCGAGUUCAAUGGAACGAACGAAAUCACAGGUGGAGACUCAUUGACCGAGAACUUGAACCAAUGGUACGAUGCCGGUGACCAGGCCUACAUCCUCGUGGCCUCCGCCAUGGUCAUGGUCAUGAUUCCCGGUCUAGCUUUCCUCUACUCCGGUCUUGCGCGCAGGAAGUCUGCCCUCUCCCUCAUCUGGGCGUGCAUGUUCUCCGCCUCCGUCAUCACCUUCCAGUGGUACUUCUGGGGAUACUCGCUCGCCUUCGGCCCCUCGACCAACGGCUUCAUUGGAAACCUCGACAAGUUCGGUCUCAAGGGUGUGCUUGGUGCUCCCAGCCCGGGAAGCCCUCUGAUUCCAGAGCUGCUGUACUCUUUCUACCAGAUGCAAUUCUGCGCCGUCACGGCUGCCAUUGUCGUCGGUUGUGUUGCUGAACGCGGUCGCCUGAUCCCGAUGAUGAUCUUUAUCUGGCUCUGGGCCACCAUCGUAUACUGCCCUGUCGCAUACUGGGCCUGGAACUCGAACGGCUGGUUUUUCAAAUGGGGUGGACUCGACUACGCUGGCGGCGGUCCCGUUGAGAUCGUUUCCGGUUGCAGCGCGCUCGCCUACUCGAUGAUCCUCGGUCGUCGCCAGGAGAAGAUGAUGCUCAACUUCCGCCCGCACAACGUCUCGCUAAUCACUCUCGGUACCGUGUUCCUGUGGUUUGGAUGGCUGGGCUUCAACGGUGGAUCGGCUUUCGGUGCCAACCUUCGCGCUGUCAUGGCUUGCUGGAACUCGAACUUGACCGCCAUGUUCGCCGCCAUGACUUGGGUGAUUCUCGAUUGGCGCCUUGCCCGCAAGUGGUCCAUGGUCGGUUGGUGUUCCGGUGUCAUCUCUGGUCUGGUUGCUGCCACCCCCGCAUCUGGUUACCUGACCCCCUGGGGAAGCGUCAUUCUUGGCAUCACCACCGGCAUUGUUGCCAACUUUGCCACCAAGAUCAAGUUCUGGAUCCGCAUUGACGAUUCCCUCGAUGUCUUCGCUGAGCACGGCGUCGCUGGAAUGUGGGGGCUCUUCCUCAACGGUAUUCUCGGUGCCGACUACAUCAUCGGUCUCGACGGUGUCAACAACGGUCUGACUGCUGGCGCCAUCACCGGCUCUCCUGAAGCCAUCUACAAGCAAAUCGCCUACAUCGCCGCCUGCACCGCCUACUCGUUCGUCGUCAGCGCCAUCCUUGCCUUUGUCAUCAACAAGAUCCCCGGUCUGCACCUGCGCGCCUCGGAGGAAGCAGAGCUGCUCGGCAUGGACGACGACCAGCUCGGCGAAUUCGCCUACGACUACGUCGAGGUGCGCCGCGACUACCUCGCCUGGACACCCGCAAAGGGCGAGCCCCUGAACGGCGAGCACAGCGUCCCCCAGGGCGAGCGCCACGGCAUCCCCCAGCACAGCGAGAUGCUCGAGGGCAAGACUCCCAGCGAGCACAGCGGCCACGAGCACACCGGCAUCGCCGGCGACCGCCACGCCGUCGCCAUGGGCCCCGAGCACGAGAAGACCACACCUCCUUCGUCGUCGCGCGACUACGCCUAG